AUGCGACGUGACGACAGCUUUGAGUGCUUUGAGAUCUGUACUAUCAGUAUCUGUCAACAUCUGUUUCGCAGGACCCACAUCACCUAUCCCGCAGUGCAGCGGAAGCAAACCGUUUUGUCAGUUUUGUCUUUCUUUUUCGAUUUGAAGAAGGUCCCAGUCCUGCCCGUAGGCCGGCCAUUGAAAGGGCGGCAUCGCAGCUUUGCGAAGGCCGUGACAUCACUCGCCACGACAACACAGCCCUUCUCGCUGAAGGGCACAGCUGCUCAGACGGCUCGCAAAGCUUCAGCGCGAGUGGGCCUUGCUUGGGCGCAGAUGCCUUCUGUUCCAGCCUGGCGCAGCCAAGCAGAGACAGGCACCAGCCGUACGCUCAUUUGGCCUGAGAUUGCAAAACCUGCUGAAGGCUCCAGCGUGUUGGCAAAUUGCAUCUGCCCACUCGGCACUCAGGGGACCAAAUUGAGUUCAUCGGGGCUUCAUGCCUGGACAGGGCCGCAGCCUGCAAUUCCCAGCUUCUCUCAAGCCGCCAAACACAUGCGAACCUCACAAUCCAUCGCGCAAGGCAUCAACCCCACGGUCAUGACAGAUCGUCGGGAAGAUUGCGAGGCACUUUCCAGAGAACCAGCCGGGGAUGAGUCAAGCCGCCAUGCUCCGACUCGAAGCUCUGCCAGCCAUGCAUCCAAUGCGUCCCGUGCAUCCAGCAUACGCACGGCGCCCACGGCGCCCACGGCCCCCAAAGCUGCCCAGUGCAGCAGGCGAAGGCGUUAA